UUGCCAUCCGGCCCGACAUGAGUGAGGCGGAACGGGCGCCUUCGCCUGCCGCGCCGCUGGCGGUGGCGGCGGCCGCCUCUGAGGAAAAGAAAGGGAAGGAACCGGAGCGCGAGAAGCUGCCACCCAUCGUGCCCGCCGGCGCCGGCGCGACGGCGGGUUUGGACAGAGGAGCCAAAGGCCAAAUUUCCACUUUGGGCGGUUUUGCUUCAAGUGUUAGCCAGAAGAAAGAAGCCACUGAAAAUAAAAGUUCACCUACACAUCUUGUUUCCCCUAACAUCAAGAAUGGUAAUGUGAGAGACCUACCACCAAUUUGCCUUGAUGUUAGACAAAAGCAGCGUAUCCCUAUAGAUACAUUAUCAUCUGAAAUGAAGGCCCCAGUCCUUACAGAACCUAUCCUUCCUACCCAGCCCAAAACUAUGAAAGACUUUCAGGAAGAUGUAGAAAAAGCUAAGUCAUCAGGAGAUUGGAAAACAGUACAUGAUUUUUAUCUCACAAUAUUUGAUUCUUUCCCUGGAUUAAAUGCUAUAUUUAAGAAAGAUGCCGCUGCCUCAUUUAAUACCAUUGAAGACUCUGGGAUUAAUGCUAAAUUUGUGAAUGCUGUAUAUGAUGCUUUACUUAAUACUCCUCAAGAUAUUCAGAAGACAGUAUUAAAGGGAAUCAUUAACAGCCUAUUACGAGAAUGGAAAGGCCCACGAACAAAAGAUGAUCUUAGAGCAUAUUUCAUCCUUUUACAGAAUCCUCAAUUUAAUAACACAUCUACGUAUGUCAUCUAUGCUCACUUGCUACGACAGACAGCUACCUUAGUGGAAGCUGACCAUCAUUUCCUAGUUCACUGGUUUAAAAAAUUAUCCCAGAAGAGGUUCAAACAAUUGGUAGAGAGAUUGCUGCAAUUUAUUUCUUUACGCCUGUUUCCUGCAAAGCCUGAAGAAUUUCCCCCUAUAGCAAAAUGUUCCUGGUGGAUUCCAUCAGCAUCUAAAGUGUUGGCUUUACUUAAUACUGCAAACAAUUUGGUUGACCUUCCCCUUAUUCCUUAUACUGAUUUCUAUAAUUCUACAUUGGAUCACAUUGAUCUCAUGGAAGAAUAUCAUACUUGGCAGAGCUUUGGAAACUCUCACAGGUUUUCCUUCUGUCAGUACCCAUUCGUUAUUUCUAUAGCUGCAAAAAAAAUCAUUAUUCAGAGAGACUCAGAACAACAGAUGAUAAGCAUCGCAAGGCAAAGUCUGGUGGAUAAAGUAUCUCGAAGACAGAGACCUGAUAUGAAUAUGUUAUUUCUAAAUAUGAAAGUAAGGCGGACACAUCUGGUUAGCGAUUCGCUUGAUGAGUUAACCCGGAAAAGAGCGGACUUGAAAAAGAAAUUGAAAGUUACAUUUGUAGGGGAAGCUGGUUUGGAUAUGGGUGGCUUGACUAAAGAGUGGUUCCUUCUUCUAAUUCGGCAGAUUUUUCAUCCAGAUUAUGGCAUGUUUACAUAUCACAAGGACUCACACUGCCAUUGGUUUAGCAGCUUUAAAUGUGAUAACUAUUCUGAAUUCCGAUUGGUUGGAAUUCUUAUGGGACUAGCUGUUUAUAACAGCAUCACCUUGGAUAUUCGUUUCCCUCCUUGCUGUUACAAGAAAUUAUUGAGCCCUCCCAUCGUUCCUAGUGAUCAAAAUAUACCAGUAGGCAUCUGCAGUGUUGCCAUUGACGACUUAUGUCAAAUUAUGCCUGAAUUGGCCCACGGAUUAACUGAACUCUUAUCAUAUGAAGGCAGUGUUGAAGAAGAUUUUUAUUCAACAUUCCAGGUUUUUCAAGAAGAAUUUGGAAUAAUUAAAUCCUACAAUUUAAAGCCAGGAGGUGAUAAAAUUCCAGUUACCAAUCAAAAUAGGAAAGAAUAUGUACAGCUUUAUACUGACUUCCUUAUCAACAAAUCCAUCUAUAAGCAGUUUGCUGCAUUUUAUUAUGGAUUUCAUAGUGUGUGUGCUUCAAAUGCCCUAAUGCUGCUUCGUCCAGAAGAAGUCGAAAUUCUGGUCUGUGGAAGUCCUGAACUGGACAUGCAUGCUCUACAGAGAAGUACUCAGUAUGAUGGGUAUGCGAAAACAGACUUAACUAUAAGAUACUUUUGGGAUGUUGUACUUGGAUUUCCUCUUGAUCUUCAAAAGAAAUUGCUACAUUUUACUACAGGAAGUGACAGAGUUCCUGUAGGAGGGAUGGCUGAUUUGAACUUUAAAAUCUCAAAGAAUGAAACUUCUACUAACUGGUUACCUGUGGCCCACACCUGCUUCAAUCAACUUUGCCUUCCCCCCUACAAGAGCAAAAAAGACCUGAAACAGAAAUUGAUCAUUGGAAUUUCAAAUUCAGAAGGUUUUGGACUCGAGUAGCCUAAAAGACUUGAAAUAUAAUAUAAUAUUUUAUAUGUAGCAUUCACUUCCCUCUUAUUGUGCCUUUAACCUUUUCAUGUUUCUGUCUCAAAACACUUUCAAAAAGCUCCAACUUUAAAAGACUGAGCUAUUGUUUUUUUUAGUUUUUGGUUUUUUGGGUUUUUUUGUAAUCAAUUAUGAAGUCUGUUAAGUGAAGGCAUGAUUUUCUAAAAACACAGAAUUUUCUUGAGUGAGGAAAAGACCACAUGGCAGAAACAGAUAUGAGUCCAGUCACUCAUUUUUUUAGCACUUUAUCAUUUUCCAUAAGUAGUUUGCCACAGGUGUUCCACUGGGAAAAUGAAGGGUAGUAAAGAAUGCAUUUAGGACAUAGUCGAACCCAGUGGCAGAUUAUGUGCUACUAGCACACAGUAGCAAAGCAAAUAGCUACAUAAUAUUUACCAUAAAGCAUGUAGCCAUAUUUUCAUAUAGAGGUAAACAACAGUAUAAUUGCAAAUGCAGUUUACAGGGUUUUUUGAUAUACUGGCUUUGGGUCCUAUAAGAUUCUUUUCAACUAUUGCUGAAAAGCAUGUAAAUAAUUACAUAAUAGCCUGAGAAAUAAUGGGAUUUUGAUAGUGUCAUUUAUUGCUAAAGAUUUAUUUUUACAAAGUAAAUUCAGGGUUUUAGAUGUGUAUACAGCUUUUACAAAUCAAUAAAGAUGAUUGUACAAGAGUAUUUUCAGACUAAUUGGAUUCAAGGUUAUAUUCUUUUAAGUAUUGUUAGUCUGCAUGCACAUUGGCAGUAACUAGUUACCUGAAUACUCUGUAAUAUUUGUAUAAUGAUCAUUUCUUCUUAAGGAUCAAGACAUUAGAAAAAAUUGGAUCUAACUUAACCAUUGAUGAAUUAAGUCAAUUACAAGCACAAAAAAAAGAACUGUUUUUAUAUAUAUUUUGAUUGAUGUACAAGACUACGUCUACCUUUUUUGAUCACCAAUUGUAAUUGAUUGAUGUACAAUCUACAUUUUUUGAUCACCAAUUGUAAUGAAACACUAAUUUUUGGAAAAAAAAUAGGAUAAGGUAUUUGACAAAAGUGAAUACAAUAGCAACGUUUGUGUCAAAAUGAUGUAACUUGGUAUAAAAUUUAAGUUCAAUAUUUUGGCCAAAAUGUUUGUUUUUCACUGGAUUUCGAACAUAGUAAAUUCAAAAGCACCUUUUGUUGUUUGUCUGUUUUGUUUCUAAUAAAGUAGCAUGUAAAAAGAAACUGUAUUUUAAGUCACAGUAAAUGGUUUUUUUAAAUUCAUAGCAAAUGAAGCAGUUUUAUUAGCAUGUUACAAAUAUGUCCAGAUCAAGACUUCUCUAUUCUUUGCUAGCUUUCCUUCAGAAAAUUCUGAAGCUCUAUUUGCAAUAAUAAUAAAACCAGCAUUUAGUACCAGCAUAUGGUUCAUAGGCAAAUAAUAUUUUCCCAAAAUUUUUUUUUAGUUUAGGCUAUGUUCUUGUUGCUGUACUUCCUGCACCCAACCAGCAGAAUUCUUCAAGGGUGGAGGAAUUAAUCAACUUGUUUUCUGACCAUACUGAACCCAAACCACAAAUCUAUUUGAAGAAAAGUAGUUACUUCAUUUACUAUUCUCUUUGAGACAAAAGUGACUAUGUGUUUCCAUUUGAGUAUACUGUUAAAGGUUAUUUCUUCUUUAAAAUCUUGAAAAGCCUAAGAAAAUUAAAGGCAUAUUGGUUUUGAUUUGUUUUGUUAUACUGUUUUUAACCCAUAUGCAAAUAAAACUGCUUCUCUCUUACCCUGCUUUGAACUAGAAAGUAAGAUGUUUAAUGUAGGUUAAUAAGCACAAAAGAAUUACGUAUAAGAAAUCAGAUAUAAGUAUUUCAAGUAAAAUGUAAACAAAGUUUUUAUUUGGUAGAGAUGACUCAUGGAAAAAUUGUGUUGGCUUGGUCUGCAUGUUUAAUGACGUGCUUGUAUAUUGAUAGAUUUGUCAUUUUAAGUAAGAAAUACAUAAGCAAGCCAAAUUUUAAAUGAUGAAGUUCAUAAAUAACUGGAGAAUUUUUGUCAUUUAUUGUUACUCAGUUGAAAGUCAUAACCAUUUAUCACUAAAUUGCACAUUACCCUUAUUUAUUUAUGCUGUUUUUGGUUUACAUUGUAAUAAUACCUCAUUUAUAAAAUAAAACCACUACUGUUACAUUUUGUUAAUUUAAACAGCUAGAAAAUUCAUGUUGUUACUUUUUUUUAUAACUAAUCUGUUAUGAAUUCUUGAUUUUUGUAUCUACCACAGUAAAUUAAAGCAUUACACAGUA